CGCGCACAUGUUCAUCCUCUUGAGUCUUGACACUCAGUUUCUCACAUCACACAACAAACCUCAGGUUGUGAUUGGAUGAAUGGAGAGCGAUGUUGAAGAAUCUCUGAGAAAGAAACCCAGAAAACACCAUUUCACCGCCGAUUCCUCUUCUCGCAAGCAAAUUGAACUCUACACUGGGCGACCGCACGCAGUUAUGGGAGAAGUGAAUUUUAUGCAAGAUGAUGAUAACAGUUUGGAGAUUACACGAGCUAGAUUGGGCAGUUUGCUUAAAAGGCAUGGAGAUUUGACGGAGCGUCUUUCUAGGGAUUCUGACAAGAUGAUAUUUGAGCGCCUACAGAAAGAAUUCGAAGCUGCACGAGCUUCUCAAACUGAAGAGAUAUGUUUAGACGGGGAGCAGUGGAAUGAUGGUCUACUAGCGACAAUAAGAGAGCGGGUACAUAUGGAGGCAGACAGGAAGGCUAUGCCUGGAGAUGCUGACAUAUUAGCAUGUCCUCAGGAAAAAAUUACUUAUAAAAUUGGAAACAAGGUGAUUUGCUGUUUGGAAGGAGCGAGAAUUGGCAUACAAUAUGAGACAUCUUUUGCUGGUGAUCCUUGUGAGUUUUACCAUUGCGUAUUGGAGAGUAAGUCAUUUCUUGAAAAGAUGACUGUCCUUGAGCACACAGUUCCUUUUUUCCUGCCAAUACGUGAAACAGAAAAUGAUCUUCUUUCUUCCAAUGCAAUGAAAUUCAUUGAUCACAUUGGAGAUCUAUUACAGGCAUAUGUGGAUAGACGGGAACAGGUCAGACUUGUAAAGGAACUUUAUGGAAAUCAAAUUUCAGAGAUGUACCAUAACCUUCCUCAUCACAUGGUCGAAUUUGUAUUGGAUGAUUUUGAUUGCAAGGUGACAGUGAGUCUUCGAUAUGCAGAUCUCAUUUCAGUUCUUCCAUCUCGAAUCUCAGUGCUAGCCUGGCCAAUGUUGAAGAAAAAUACUGCUGCAACUUUGAACAGGAAGGAGGAUGGGAACUUUGGAAGUCAUCCUGCUCCGGUUCGCCUACACUAUGCAGAAGAUGCCUUACGAACCAUGAGUCUGCCAGAAGCAUAUGCAGAGAUUGUAUUAAAUCUACCCCAGGCGCUUCAGCAGAUGUAUCAUCAAUAAGACCCCUACCUAGAGCUUCGCCCGGAGAUUCAUCUGUAAAAAUUGUUGGUUUUGUUGGUAGAGAUAUUAAAUAUUAGAAAAAAUGACUGCAAAAGCUAUUACCUAGCGAAAUUGGUCAUAGGAAUGAGAGUUCAUUUUUCUGCACUAUUGUCCUGCAACAUUUGUAUCAUGUCCCUCGUCAUUCCUUCAAUACCCUCGCAUGUCUUGUAUCAUAAGUACGUCAGGGCUAGGUUGACUUCUAAUCCAAACUCUUGUCAUUGAUCUUUCCUUCAUAACUCAAUGUAUAUAUUUUGGGGGUCUGGGUUCCAAAAUUGAGACUCA